AUGUAUAGCACUGUGCAGAAGCUGAAGAACUUUGCCGAAAUCACUUAUAUGAACACCAAAUAUUCAGAAGAUCAGGCAGCUGAAGUAAUACGAAAAGAAGCAGAAAAAUUAAUAAAUGUAAGAGUUUUCUUCGAAUUUCAAGUAUUUUUAAAUGUAUUUUAGUUGGAAUUUCGAACCGUAAGAGGUGCAUCUCCAACUCUACGAACUGAAAUAUUUUUAUAUAGUGGAAAGAUGUUCAAUUGCUCAGAGAAAUUUGAACCGGAGGCGAAACAGUUUCUAAGCUUCGCAGUAGCUGAAAAUCCAACAUUAUUUGAUGGCUGGUUAGAACUUGGAUUAUGCGUUGCCAAACAAAACGAUAUUACUUUUGCUGUGGAAUGUUUUGAACGAUCAAUAAAAAUUGCGAGAUCUCCAAAAGGACUGGCAAAUUUAGCUGUGGCAUUACGGUUAAAAGCUUCUCUGUCUAAGGAUGAUUUUGUACAGCAAAGUUUACGAGAAAAAGCUUUUUCUCUGUUGAAUGAAGCAAUUCAGUCAGACAAAAGUCUCGGCUUAGCACAUUUGACUCUCGGCACACAUUAUUUUUCUGAAUUUUUCACAAGUUAUCAGUCAAAGAAAAAUCUCCUCGAUGAAGCAUGUUCGAGUUAUGAACAAGCCUUAAAAUGUGAUGAUCAAAAAAGAAAUCCAGAACUUCAUAUGAAUUAUGCAACAACACUACGAUAUUGUGAACAAUUUUUCAAAUCAAUAGUCCAUUUGAAAGAAGCAUGUCGUCUUGAUCCAAGAAAUAUGCUAAAUUCCAAGGAAAAACUCGAUAAUUUAUUAUUGUAUUUGGAAAAAUUGAAUGAUAUGAUUCAUCGACAAGGAAGACUGAAAACAAAACGAAUUGAAUCAUUUGCCGAAGCAUUAAAAAAUGAAUUAUGUCCAACAAAUGCAUCAAUUAUGAAAGUUAUUGGAACUGUAACACACGAAGAAAUUGUUCCAUUGUAAGUUCUGUUAUUUUUUUCACUAGAAGAUUUUCAAACUAUGACGAGAAAGUUCAGAAAUGAAAUUUGAGACUUUGCUAUGCUAAACGCAUUAUCUUCUAAAUUUUUUGAAUACAUCAAUUUUAAAAUAUUUCCCUUGUCUAACUAAAAUUAUUUCCAAUAUUUUUUUUGCAGAACUAUUGGAUGUGUUCUUCCAACUGGUAAAUGUUGUAUUGUUACUGUAUAUAAUUGCUCUACUGAUUUCGGUUUUAUUAUUGGCGAUACUUUGACAAUUUCACUCCCAGAAUGGAAAAUGUAUGAAAAUAUAAAAAUGUGUCGUGUCAAUUCACCUAGUCAACUUCUUCGAAAUGGCCAAUCUGUUGCUGCAAAUGCAAUAGCUCAUGCUACUUUAAAAAUUGAACAAUCUUAA